AUGCGGCCCUCCGUUCUGGGGUCUGCCAUGCGGCCAUCAGCAAGUCCCCUUGUCUCGCGUAUCUCAAUGCUCUCGCGCCCGAGUCACAGCUCCCGUCGAUGUCUAUCACACCAAGCAACCGCAACACCAGCACCAGCACCAGCACCAGUACCGGUACAGCCAGCCCGUGCCAUCUCUCAGCUGCUCAAGUGGAAACCUGAGCAAAACGUCGACAAUGUGGUUGUCCACGGCUAUGUCCGGUCUGUCCGUGGUCUGAAAGCCUGGCGCUUUGUCUCGCUCGCCGAUGGUUCCUCGCUGGAUCCUCUGCAGGCCGUUAUCGAGUCCGGUCUGGCUGAAGGCCUGACUGUCGGCGCGGCCGUCCGACUCACCGGCUCCUGGGUUGCUUCUCCUGGCGCCGCACAAAGCCACGAGUUGCAAGUCAGGGAGGUAAAGGUCUUGGGUUCUUCAGAUGCCAAGUUUGCUCUCCAGACAUUUCCCAUUCAAAAGAAAUAUCAGACACCCGAGUACCUUCGUACUUUGCCGCACUUGCGGCCGAGAACACCGCUCAAUGCUCUCUUGCUGAGAUUGCGGUCCGAAGCCGUAACUUCGUUGACUCAGUUCUUUGCUCGCCAGGAUUUUGUACAGACACACCCGCCCAUCAUCACAUCGUCCGAUUGUGAGGGUGCGGGCGAGGUCUUUACUCUGAACCCGGCCAAUGACACGGCCGGCCAACCUGGCAAGGAGUCUGCUGAUUCACAAGAUUCUUUUUUCCGCUCCAAGAAGUACCUCACAGUUUCGACCCAACUUCAUCUAGAGGCCCUUGCACAGUCAGUCGGCAAUGUCUGGACCCUGUCCCCUGUAUUCCGCGCCGAGCAGAGCGAUACAUCAAGACAUCUCAGCGAGUUCUACAUGCUUGAAGCAGAGAUGAGCUUCGUCGACGACAUGAACUCCGUCAUGGACCUCGCUGAGGACAUGAUGCGUCAACUUGGCACGGACUUAUACCAGUCAGACACGGUCAAAUCUUUGCUGACACGGACACCCCAUUUUGGCCAAGAUCUGGCUCCGGCGGAAGAGGUUGACCGUCGUUGGCAGGGCUUGAUGCAGCCAGACUGGCCCCGUAUCACAUACACGGAAGCUAUUGACAUUUUGAAGCAGCAUGAAGACAAGUUCGAGCACAAGCCGGUUUGGGGCGCCGGCCUGCAGUCUGAGCAUGAAAAGUUCAUCGCUUCGACGGUUGGCAAGGACCGGCCGGUCUUUGUCACCAACUACCCCCGUGAUAUCAAGGCCUUCUACAUGCGCCCAACCCGGGGUCCCGGCUCCGAAGAUCCUUCCAGAGUCACGGUCGACUGUUUCGACUUGCUUGUUCCCGAACUCUGUGAAAUUGCGGGUGGGUCGAUGCGUGAGCACCAGUUGGAACCUCUGUUGGACAUAAUGACGCGUCAAGGGAUCAUCAAGUCUCCGUCAGAAACUGCAUCCGAGGACGAUUCUGGAAACGGCCUUCAGUGGUAUGCCGACCUGCGUCGAUGGGGAUGCCCUCCCCACGGUGGGUUUGGCUUGGGCUUCGAUCGGCUGCUGAGCUAUCUGUCGGGGGUUCAAACGGUGCGAGACAUUGUCUCAUUCCCACGCUGGUAUGGGCGAUGCGACUGUUAA